UAUGUAUUCCUCUUUGUUUUCUAUAACCGAAUUCGUUUUCUUUGUUCAAGCUGUGAACUCCGGAUUCGGCGAAUAAAUCUUUGCCUGCACUCAACAUACUAGACUCGAGCAUUAAACUCUUGUACAUGCCUUCCAGCUUCAACGCAUCAGUAUCACCGGGCAAGCAUUCAAUCUGUGCAGGAUGUCUCAACCAAGUGUGAGGCAACCCGUCGUUGCCGGUCCGGAUGCGAUGGAUCCUGGUCCGCUCGUUAUAGAAUAUACAUUGGAAGCUCUGAACCACGAAGGAUACAUCAAUGCCAAUGUCACAGAUCAGAUACCGACUCUGGAGAACAUCGCUGGUGACGGUGCCUCGCUACGAUUAUGGGACAGAGAGCGUUUGCUCGCUACAGAUCCGGAGGGGGGCGAAGUCGGAGAAAGCCAACUCGGUAAGGGUGAACCGGAUCACAUUCAUCCGACUUUGCAACGCGAACAGUGGAUUGGUAUAGACGAGCGUGACUGGCAGGCGAUCUUGCCAUCAAUCGAGUUGGCUUCGCGUUUCCUGGAUGACCCUCAUAUUACGCCUUUCUUCCAUGGUCUUGACAAUGCUACAGAGCUAAAAGAUCCGCUCCUCAAAGCAGCUUAUGGGGACCUAAAAUUUCACCGUUUCGAUGGCGAUAAUAGCGUUAUGAGUACAGAUGCCGGAUUUACAAACGCACUUUUCGCCAUGAUGUCAAUGCGAGACCAGGUUCAAUUGAGAUUUGCCGAUGAAGGACGAGGUCAUGCAAGCACAAGUUGGAAGCCAGGAUUCCAAGUUGCGGACAUGAGUUUCCAUCAAGAUUUCCUAUUCAUUCUACGCCAGAAAGCUGGAUACAACCCUCAGCGUUGGUCGCGAUCUUGGGCUCCAGGUACGCAUGAACCAUCGGCGAGGUUCCGUACCCGAGUACUACUCGCUACAACAAUCGUACACGAGCUCGCGCAUUGUGCAUGGUUCAUCAAGUGUAAAGGCAAAAAAGACCUUCCCGAACCUUAUCUUCGCGAUCGGCCAGUCAACGAGCUUGGUUGGGAACUUGAGAAUUUCAUCUGGACUGGUAUAAUCGAAGCAUCGGGGCGAGGCGUUCAUGUGUCAGCGCCCUAUGGACUUCAUAUAGAGCGCUUUCCAGGCCGAUGGUUUGGAGACGAUCCAGACCGGUACUUGUACAUAAGGGGCGCCCCGGAAGAUUGGGGAGUGACCUGGGCAACACAGUACCCCGUCAGCAUGGAAUGGUGCCGCAGUUUGUUCACAAAAGAGUAUUGGGAAAAAGUCUCGAGGUACGGGUUUAUCCAAGUCCGCCCAAGGCGCUUGAAAGGAGUCAGACUACAAGUCACAAGCGAUUCAAGACCCGAAGUUGGUGACGACACAAUGAGUCCAAAGUCACGAGCUCUUCUCAAGUACAGGGAAGAUCGAAGAAUCAAGGCGAUGAAGGCUGGGGUGAAAGCAGACGAUAUCGAUAGCAGUGAUGAGGAGGAUGUUGAUGCGCAAAGUAUCGUCGUUCGUGGAAAGCAUAAGAAAGAACUUGAGGAAGAACUCCGCAAGCAGCGUGAAGAAGACGGAGAUACCGAGAUGCCUGAUGCUUGAGCAAAAGCUUCUGAUCAUUCUAUUGUACCAGAUGUUGCGUAUCAGUAUCGACAGCUUCCGACGGUUUCUGAGCUCCAACGUGCUGUGAAGCUUUCGAGAGGUAUCAUUUCUAUGUGUCUUGAUUCAUGUUUAGACUCG